UAUGUGUGGAUAACACCAUGUCACACUCAUUUGUAUAUAUAAUAUGUAAAACCCCCAUCAAAAUAUCUUCCCCCUCUCGUGUACUUUUGCCGUUUGUUUUCUUUCUUCUAUUCCCUUUCCUUAUUUUCUUUGUUUUUUCCACAACUAGCUAGCUACACCAACACAAUGCAUCACACUCAUCACUACCCGCUUCCUUGUUUGUAUUGCCACCCAUAUAGCUAUAUUAGGAUGGUUCAAAAUCUCAUUGAGAGAUGCAUGCUUUUCCGCAUGAGCCAAGACCAGUGCAUAAGGGCACUGGCGGAACAUGCAGGGAUUAAGCCUCUUGUUACUGUUACAGUGUGGAGAGAGUUGCAAAAGGAGAACAAGGAGUUCUUUAGAGCAUAUUUGCAAGUUGUAACUCCCAGGCCAUUCAUGAGUAGAUGGUUUCAAAGGGGACCAAAAUUAGCUAGAAGGAAACACUGGAAAUGAUCAAGGGAAUAGUGGCUGGAUAAUCCCUACAAGGAAAAAGUGAGCUGGAAGAUUGAUGAGGGAAAUAUUAAUGAUUACUAAUCCUAGCAAGAAAGUUGUUGGAUCAUUAAGUCUAUUUGGAAAAGUUAAAAUCAUUUUUAAGAAUUUUUCUAUUAGAAAUAAAAAAUAUUUUUUAAUAAAAAAUUCUUAAAAAUAUUUUUAAACUUGCUUCUAUAAUCUCCCUAAGGAUUUUGGGUGAAGACCCUCGUUAUUCGUGCAUGCGCAUAUAGUGGCCAAUGGUUGUAUUUCUUUAAUGCUAGAUGCUGUUCUCAAAGGCAUUAAAGAUAUAAAAUUGUACCAUAUAGUCAUUAGCCGUAACUUUGGCUUAGUGUGAAGGAUGCAACAACAGAUGCUAUUCAAGUCUGUUACAUUUACCUUUGUGUAACUUUCCUAGAUUUAUCAGUUGAGAUUUCCCUUUUUGUUUGUGGAUUUUAUUAUUGUAAAAGAAGCUGUCAUUGGUAUCAUUCCAACGCUUGUAUAAAUUUGACAGCAGUGAAGUUAAUUCAUCAAAUGUUCCAAACUUAAUGAUUGAAGCUUGCUUUAGCCUUUGA